UUUCGCUUCAGCGGGCAGUCCUGGGCAACUGUUUAACCUUCGAGUGCCAAGAUUUCCUUGCAGGCCUGGAGAGGGUCACAGCGCCUGGUCCUGGGGUGUUGCGAUGAGCAAGAGGGUUAAUCUACCUAGUACUAGGAAUAGCGCCCAAUGGCAGCAAGGACAUGCUUCGAAACAUUCAGCCUUUUAACUACGGGCGUUUGAAACUCUCCAACAUGUCCGAGUUUGGAUCAGCGCUCGGAAUUAGAAAACUUUGAAAGCCUGGGACUCAAACCACAGAGCAAGAACGGAACACGGACAAGGCGCGGCUCAGUACAGCUUUUUCUCCAAUCAGAAUCUUCAAGGCUGAAGCUACGUUUGAGACCAUGUCCAAUCUGGUCUCUAAGAGGGCGGGAUCACCAGCGCCUACCUGCACCUGUAGCUGGGUGGCUGCCUCCCGUCCCACCCUGACCCUCCCCGCCUCCGUGGUUCUAGUAUCUUCAGUCCUUUGGCCAGCCACCAGCAAGUGGGCAGAUGUCUCUGCGUGUUCCUACGGACGCUCAGGAAGGGCGAGUGCGCAGGAGUCAGCAGCCGAGGUCCCAUCUCUCAGCGGUGCCGGAACAGCGCAAGCAGGGAAAAGGGACGCUGUUCAGAAUGUGAGACUCCCACCAGGAAAGGCUGUCUGGGUUCUCCCCGGGGCAGCGGAUUUGACAGCCCCUACGACCUAAGCGGACCGUGCUGUCAGCCCCGAGUUGUCCUUUGGGUGUGCGGGAGUCAAAGGUAUUGGGCCAGAGCAGCAACAGCGAUUCCUGCAUCACUUCAAGUCGGCGCCAACCCGCACCCAGCCUAAGCUUCAGGCAGCCCGGAGACGUCCUUUAGUGCUCUGAGAGUUAGUGCGGCCCGGGGUCCCGGUGACCCUGGAAGCCCCUGCAGGAGCUCCCUCGAUUCCCACCAGGCAGCCUGCCAGCGUGGAAGAAACCUGGAAAGGCUGGAGUGAACAGUCUUGAGACCAGGGAGAGAGGAGGAGGGGCGUCCUGGCCCAGGCCCUUCCCCACGCGGGGCGACCGUGGUCCCCAGGCCUGCGGGCCAUGGCGGACAGUGGCGGCUCCACCACCAGCAGCUCCAGUCCCUGGUGGAAAUCACUAACCAGGAAAAGAAGCAAGGAGGUCACUGUGGGAGGGCAGCCUCCUGUGCAGCCAGAGGCCGAGGAUCAGUCACCACCUUCCUUGGAUCGGACUAGCAGCUCUCGAGAGAACCAGCAUUCCGAUGUCCUUGGGGACACCCGAGGGGAGCCUCCAGAGAAGUUGUGUGAGGAGAAACCCGGCAAUAGCCGGCGCAAUUUGAAGAUCUCGCGCUCAGGCCGAUUUAAGGAGAAGAGGAAAGUGCGUGCCACGCUGCUUCCUGAAGGAGACAGGUCCCCUGAGGAGGCUGACUUUCCAGAUGACCCCCAGGAGGACAAACAGUAGCCUGAGCGAGCGAGCGAGCGAGCGAGCGAGCGAGCGAGCGAGAGAGAGAGAGAGAGAGAGAGAGAGAGAGAGAGAGAGAAACUAUUACCCAAGUUCAGAAUAUUCAGAGGCCCAAUAUUUAAAUUUUUUCUAGAGUGAAAUGUCAGCUGAGUUUUCAAUAGUCCAUGAUCAAAGACGAGUAAGUAUUUAUUUGUGGGAAGGAUAGAUAUCCGCUUCCGAGGAAGUUGGCUUUUUAAAAAGUUAUUCUGAGGCCUCGCUGUUGUUCCCAUCACCUGUGGAAGUGAAAAGGCUGAAUGGAUCUCUUGGAGGCAAUAAGUAUGUAAUCAUCUCUCCCGCUUCCCAAAUGAGGAAGCCAUGCUCUUACCGAGAACUCCAGCGAGCAAAUUACAGUACUGUUUUUAAUGACUGAGAAAUGCACUUUCGGGUACUACCCUAGAUUUAUUCCUAUGUGGAGGGGUGGGAGAGAACCCCCCUCCUAGUUUAGAAGCGUUGAGAAGAUUGUUUUAAAUGAGGACUGCAAAGUCUGUUUAUUGUGCACUAUUAAAUUUGUUGAACUGUAA